UCUGGUUCCAGAACAUUCCUUACUGCAGUAUAUAUACCUCAAGGAACCGUUGCUCUUCAGCAGGUCAGCACCAACGAGACGCAGAGAAGAGCACCAGAAGAAACUGUCCAAGAAUGAAAAUCACAAUCGUUGACAACACUAUGAAAACCUUUCAAGACUUCCAGUGUUGUGUGAACCGAAAGCAAGGAUGUGGAUGAGCACUCUCAUCAUUUCGUGGCUCCUGGCUGUAGCCUCCGCCACUGAGGAGAAGAAGCUGAGUAGCCAUGCGAGCUCCUUGGCAGAUACCAGCUCCAACCUGGCUUUCAACCUCUACCACAACUUAGCCAAAGAGAAGAACCAGGAGAACAUCCUGAUCUCCCCAGUGGUGGUGGCCUCUUCCUUGGGCCUGGUGGCCCUUGGCAGCAGAUCCUCCACCGCCUCCCAGGUCAAGACCAUCCUGAAUGCCAGCGCCCUACAAGAUGAGCACUUGCAUACGGGCCUCUCUGAGCUCCUGCAGGAGGUCAGCAACCCCGUUGCCCGCAACAUCACCUGGAAGAUAAACAACAAGCUCUACAGCCCCAGCUCCGUCAGCUUCACCGAUGACUUCGUGAAGAACAGCAAGAAGCAUUACAAGUAUGAGCACUCGAAGGUCAACUUCCGUGACAAGAGGAGUGCCAUCAGCUCCAUCAAUGAGUGGGCAGCCAAGUCCACUGAUGGCAAGCUGCCAGAGGUCACGAAGGAUAUGCAGAACACCGACGGUGCCGUUAUGGUCAAUGCCAUGUUCUUCAAACCUCACUGGGAUGAGAAGUUCCACCACAAGAUGGUCGACAACCGUGGAUUCCUCGUGAACCCCUCUUACACCCUAUCUGUCCCAAUGAUGCACCGCACAGGUCUAUAUGGCUUCUAUGAUGACACAGAGAACAGGCUGUUCGUGCUCAACAUGCCAUUGGCCCACAAGAAGUCGAGCAUGAUCUUCAUCAUGCCCUACCAUGUGGAGCCCCUCGAGAGGCUGGAGAAACUCCUCACACACGAGCAGCUGGGCACGUGGACAAGCAAGCUGAAGGAGAGGGCAGUGGCCAUUUCCCUGCCCAAGGUCAGCAUGGAAGUCAGCCACGACCUCCAGAAACAUCUGGCAGAACUUGGUCUCUCUGAGGCAGUAGACAAGUCCAAAGCAGACUUGUCGAAGAUGUCUGGUAAAAAAGACCUGUACCUGUCCAACGUCUUCCAUGCCUCCGCUUGGGAGUGGGACACAGAGGGCAACCCCUUUGAUGCCAGCAUCUUUGGCUCAGAGAAGCUCAGGAACCCCAAGCUCUUCUAUGCUGACCACCCCUUCAUCUUCCUGGUGAAGGACAACCAAACGGACUCUAUCCUCUUCAUUGGCAGGCUGGUGAAGCCCAAAGGUGAAAAAAUGAGGGAUGAAUUGUAGUUUUUAGCUGUGCAGCUUUUGUAUGGCUUUGGGGUCAGGGGUUGUUUUGUUUUUGCUAUUGUUUUUGUUUGAUAUUCUAGUUAUGGUGUGACUGUUACCUCAUGAGCACAUUCCAGUAGAAUCUGCACCAUCAUUUUCCCAAGCAUAUUUCACAACUGAGAUAAAACUACCGUAGUGUCUAGAUGUGUUCAGGUAUCGGUAAGUGUUAUUGCAAACAUGAGCUGCACCAGGUGCAAAGGAAUUGGAUACCUACAAAUGUAUCCACAGGUUUCACAUCAAUUGUGAUGGAGAAUACCUCCAAAAGAAUACCUCCAAAAGAAUACCUCCAAAAGAGAAAAAUAGGUACUGUACCCUUAAAAAAAAUCUGAAUGAGCAUUAAAGAUGAAUAAAACUGUACCUUCCAUAAGAUCACGAGGGUACAACACCAGGAAGUGGGUGCGCCAUCACUACAUACUAUCUAGUCGCCCUGUCCUGAUUCAGUCCUGAUGAAAUUCCUGAUGAAAUUCCUGGGUUGGAAUGCAUAUCCAAACAAUAGAAGGGAGAUCCUGGCAGAUCCCAGUACAGGAAAUAACUGAAUAUCAGUUUAUAUAUAUAACUGAGGCCAUUCAGUUGCUUCUCCUUAACAGAGAUUAAACCAGAAGCUGGAGAUAAAGGUCUUUAUGGUGAGAUAGGGGGAACGUUACCAUAUGCCUUAUUAAGCGUAUAGUGAGUUCAUCAGAAUAGACGCUAUACUUAUAUUAAGUAUGACAUUAUUGAUGUUGGCCUAGUGGUAUUGAGGUUUUUUGGGGGGUUUUUGCCUGUUGCUUUCUCUCACUCCACUCAGUCUGUGUUGGUUCCUUGCCUUAUCUUUAAUGUUUAAAGAGGAAAAUGAUUUUUGCGCAAAUGUUGUUCAAACUUUUAGGAUUCUUCCAUUUCACUGCCUUGUCUUCUGCACUGAUGUUAUUCUUUUUCUGCCCUUUUCAAUGUUUCAGUUGAAAUACACAUGAUGUGGUAUUAUGCUCCAAGAUGUGCUUACCGUGCAUUAUUUGUUGAUCUACUGUUGCUCAUUGUUUUCUUAAUUUUUAAAAUAAACUUGAAAAAAUAA